CUAUAAAUCUGCUGAAGACACGCCAACACAUUCAUUUAUAUAGCUCUCAAACUUGGUUACACAACACAGCUUUAGUUAGAGCUUACAAGAAAAAGGCAUUUCGCUGUACUUUGUGCACGUGACAUUAAAACCUGACAUUUGAAACAAUCCACAACACAUUCCACUGCAAGGAGAAUUAGGAUUACAUUGGUCGACACGGUAGUUUAGCGUUCAACUCUCCGUUUCCAGUCGCAGGGCUACCUCGCUGUCUCAUUUCUGACAGGACCUUCAGAAUGUCAAAGAAGUACAACAGCCACAUCCUGGUGAUGGAGGACAGAGGAACUAACGGGUCUCCUGAGUCUACCGGUACCACCGAGUCCCUUCAAGGUUCAACCGUUAGUUUCCAUAACAUCCACUAUAAAGUGACGCAGAGGAGCGGCUGUCUGUGUAUGAAGAGGAAGACCACCACCAAAGACAUUCUCGUAGAUCUGAACGGUCUGAUGAAACCAGGGCUGAACGCUAUCAUGGGGGCCACAGGAAGCGGGAAGUCAUCGUUUCUGGAUGUGCUGGCAGCCAGGAAGGACCCAGCAGGUCUAGCAGGAGAGGUUUUGAUAGACGGAGCUCCUCAACCUCCCAACUUCAAAUGUCUCUCAGGAUAUGUGGUCCAGGAUGAUGUGGUGAUGGGGACUCUGACUGUGAGGGAGAACUUCCGUUUCUCUGCAGCGUUGCGUCUCCCGUCCUCCGUCAGCCAGAAGGAGAAAGAGGACAAAGUCAACAGACUCAUCAAAGAACUGGGCCUCACUAAAGUAGCAGACUCACGGGUUGGUACCCAGUUGAUCAGGGGUAUAUCAGGAGGGGAAAGGAAGAGGACAAACAUCGGUAUGGAACUGAUCAUCGACCCUCCUGUUCUCUUUCUGGAUGAACCCACCACCGGCCUGGACGCUAGCACAGCUAACUCUGUACUACUACUGCUCAAGAGGAUGUCUAGUCAUGGCCGUACCAUCAUCCUUUCCAUCCACCAGCCUCGUUACUCCAUCUACCGUCUGUUUGACAGUCUGACUCUACUGGUUAGCGGUAAACAGGUUUACCACGGCCCCGCUCAGAGCGCUCUGGACUACUUCUCUAACAUUGGGUACACUUGUGAACCCCACAACAACCCGGCUGACUUCUUUCUGGACGUGAUCAACGGAGAUUCUACCGCCAUCGCCUUCGACAGGAUAAAAGAUGCAGACGACUCUGACCCAGACAGGGUAACCAGUUCCAGGCAGAACAUCGAGGACCAUCUGGUCCAGGAGUACCGGGGGAGCCAGUACUAUGGAGAGUCCAAGGCCCAGUUAGAACGCAUCACCAUGAACAGGGAGUACAGUGUGAAGACUCCCUCUCGGACCAUCACGUACAACACCUCCUUCUCUACUCAGUUCAGAUGGGUCCUGAAGAGAACCUUCACUAACCUCAUCCUCAACCCUCAGACAUCCUUCGCUCAGAUUGGAGUGACUGUAUUCCUGGCCGUCAUCGUUGGAGCUAUAUUCUUUGGAGUGAAGAAUGACCAGAGUGGCUUGCAGAACAGGAUGGGUGCUCUUUUCUUCAUCACCACCAAUCAGUGUUUCAGUUCCGUGUCUUCUGCUGAGCUCUUCAUCACCGAGAGAAAAUUGUUCAUUCAUGAGUACAUCAGCGGAUACUACAGAGUAUCAGUCUACUUCCUGUGUAAGUUACUCAGUGACAUCAUCACCUUAAGGACACUCCCUGCCAUCUUCUUCAGCUGUGUGGCUUACUUCAUGAUCGGGUUUAAAGCUACAGUGGAGGCCUUCUUCCUGUUCAUGUUGACCGUAGCUCUGGUAGCCUAUACAGCUACUGCCAUGACCAUGGCUAUUUCAGCUGACCAGAGUGUUGUGGCGAUCGCCAACAUCUUCAUGACCAUAGCCUUUGUCUUCAUGAUGAUCUUCUCAGGCCUGUUGGUGAACCUGCCCAGUAUUGUUGAGUGGCUAGCUUGGUUCCAGUACCUCAGCAUCCCUCGGUACGGACUAACAGCUCUCCAGAUUAAUGAGUUUGUAGGUCUGCAGCUCUGUGGAGACAUUCCCCUCAACGGCACCUUGCCCCCUGGUAUGACAUGCACGGGGGAAGACUUUCUGAAGAACCAGGGGAUCGACUACACCGCGUGGGGGCUGUGGCAGAAUCACGUUGCCCUGGCGAUCAUGACCGUAAUCUUCCUGGCGAUCGCGUACUUCAAACUACUCUUCACCAAGAAGUUCACAUAGAGGUUAGGGGUCAUGGGCUAAGCCUAUUGUACACCUUCCCGUUCCUUUCCGUCCCCUUGGUCCGCUCAAACGAAAUGCUGCAAUAUCCAACUUCAACUUCUCUCAGCAUGGGACUCUGAAAUGUCAGCAUGGGACUCUGAAAUAUCAGCAUGGGACUCUGAAAUAUCAGCGUCCAAAGUACACUUUUCAAGUGAGGUGCGCAGAUGCGGACGGGAGCGGAUGUUAGAUUGAAGCGGAAGUUGAAAUGAGGUAUUUAGAGGUCAGGGGCGGUGUUCCAUUUAAUUGUUUUGGGUACUGAGCACAUUUCAGGUCUAGUGAACGGAAACUUGAAAGUUGUGAGAAUUCUGUGCAACUUCCGGGGCGCACGUUUUCAGUGAACAGUGAGGUUGUACCCUUUACAGUUUUAGACAGUAGCUAACAGGCUAUUGUGGCUAUUGGAGCAUAAUGUAGGCCCCACCAACAACAACCAAUGGAGCAAAUCACAUAACAGCUUUUGAUUUUGCGCAUGGAUAUGCACUUUGAUCUGAAAAGCGCCUUGACUCGAGGGUGAUUGAAAGACCAGUUGUGAGCUCCAUGUCACAAUUGAAUUCUAUUCCGUUGCGCUCUGCCUCUGGCUACAACAAAAUCACAGACUCAAUCAAAGUUAGAUUUGUUCUGGUUGGUGGGUUUUUUUUGCAUUAAAAAGGGGCUGAUAUAAUGUUGAUUAGAUUACAGAAUAAAACAUUGAUCUAUGUAGUGCAAACUAAAUGGGGUGAACUCAGUGAAUUUCAAUCUCUUACGUUUCUGCUCGUCCUGGUAUUUCUUCUGCGUGGCAGUCCUGGUAUUUCUUCUGCGUGGCAGUCCUGGUGGGGUCAGGGGUUAGGGAAAUUAUCAUCAUCACCACCACCAUCAAUCAUUGUUCCCAACCAAUACUUUCAAUGAUUUGUCUACCAAUGUGUCUUAUCUACAGACGUUUAAAAUCAUGCCUCAAGAUGCCUAUGUGAUUGUUUUGAGCCAUUCGUGUUUUAUGACGUGCAAUUUGUUCCAACGUUUUAUCGAUGCAACACAAUUAACGUGUAAUGAUACCAAAUAUAUUGAUGAUUUGGUGCUCUGUAAGCACAGAUAAUAAAUACUUAUGCAUUAGUCCUAUGUUACUCCCAAACAGCACCCUGUCCCCUACUGUUGAACAGGGCCCCUAGGACUCUGGACACAAGUAGUUCCCUACAAAGGGACUAGGGUGCUGUUUAGGACACAGUCCUAGACAUUGUUUAUAUUUACGUUUUGUACACUAUCGACAGCACAGGAGGCUGGUGAGGGAAGGAUGGUGCAUAAUAAUGGCUGGAAUGGAAUCAGUCACAUAGAAACCACGUGUUUGCUGUGUUAGAUACCAAUCCCUUAACUCCGUUCCUGCCAUAACUAUGAGCCCUACCUCCACAAUUAUGGUACCACCAGCUAGCUACCUGUGAUGAACAGUAUAAAAACGUGAAUUAUGCAAAUAAAACACGAUUACAACUUUG